GUUAGAGCAGUGCAGUUACAAAUAUUGUUUAUAAAUAACGAAACGAGUUACUCACGCCUAAUAAAAUGAAAUACAAAAUCUAAACAACAUUUGCAAUUUCCGCGAACCUAACAAACAUAGUUUUGUUAUUUAGUUUAACAUAUUUUGUCAACUUUUUUCAAAAUGAAAGUGACAUUUUGUUUACAUGUGCUCUUUUACAUUUCGCGACCGUUAAGUGUCGUGUAAAAUACAGCAAACCGCUUGGUCACACUGCUGCAAGCAGUGCUGCCCAUGCCAGCUCCUAAAAUGAAAGGCGCGCAAUUUAAAUGCGAUUACCAUGCUGUCUGAGCUCUCGAAAGUCUAUAGAUAGUUAGUUGAAGUUGAGAGGGCAUUAUCUGCACUUUGUGUGCAGUCCAAAGUGCCGCAGUCGUCGGCACUGUGCAAAUGCACAGCUGCAAAAGUCAGCAUCGCUCAACUGUGGCACUGAUAAGCACUUAAAUUCCAGAUUAAUGCGUUUUAGAUUCAGCUCAUUCCCAUGCUUGGGCAAAUAUUUAACAACAAGUAGUGCGGGGGGCCGCGAGCAUUUUGGAAAUGACGCGCUACAAAUCGGCGGAGCUUAUCAAAUUGCCAUUUUGCUGUUAUUUCCGAGAACCGAAAGAGCUUUCUAGCGCGAAAUCCGAGCGACAAGUGCACAAACAAAUCGGCCGUCGUAAACAAACAGACUGGGAAAAAUUUCGCUGACUUGCAAAAGCAUCUAUGCGGCUCUUUCUUUAGCUUUUUUUUUUUAGGAUAUUUGCAUAUAAAUAUUUUUUUUUAAAUAUGUCUGCUACUUGCGAACCGGUUGGAGCCAACAUAUUUGAAUACCUCGCCUGAAAUCCUUAUAAAUCAUGUGCGCCUCGAAUUGAAACCGGUUGGCUUUCAAGCAGCCCACAAUGCGCGCGCUGCAAAAAGAAGGGAAAAUACGAAAAGCAUACGAAACAAGAAAUAUAUAGAGUACGCCGCUUCCUCCAAAUAGUUCGCCUACGUAGGUUGAGCUCUCAUUUCGGCGAUACGACGACUGUGUGGACUGUGUGAACUCGGCUCUUUCUCGCCCCGCAUGCGAUUGAGCGAACUGUGAGCGAACGGACAGACCACCACCACCACUACCAUCAACACCAAAACCAAAAGCGGCCUGCUGUCGUAUUUUUGUUAUUCCCGAACCGACGCUCCACGCCAACGGAACGCCCGAGCAGCCGAGCAGCCGCCAGCAGUCAGCAGUGCGGAAUAUAUAGAAAUUUGAGAGAAUCGAAAUAAAAGGAGCCAACCCAAAAGCCCCCAGCAGUGGAAGUGGCUGUGGCAGUAGAAGUGAAGGAAAAGCACGCGCGUCAUCGUAAAAACGUGCUACGAAAUCGGAGGGAAACCGCAGUAAUAGCACCCAAAUUACAUAAAACCACGGAGGAGCUGUCGCACAAUCACUGCCAUGACCGAUGUAAAUAGUCUGGAUAUGUCGGUGGACGUGGUCUGGCCCACGAUAAUUAUCCUGGCCAUGCUGGUCGUAAACGGCUUCGUGUUCGCCUACAUCAUGCGAAAGCGCCGGGAGUACAAGUGCCAGGAGGAGGAGGAGCUGCAGCAGCAGCAGCAGCAACAACCUGUUCCACACACAUCCUACGCGGCCACCUCGCCCACGGAACGGCAGCAGGAUGCGGAUCAGGACCAGGAGGACGAUAGCUGUGCCAUUGAGAUGGAGCGACUGUAGGCCUCGGGAUCAAACUCCACGUUUGCACGUAGCUAUUAGCCCAGCUCUGAGAUACUCACCCACUAUCGUCCACAAGCUCUCAACUGCAACGAAGUUUCCUAAGCCAUUAUAUCUCUAGAUUGUCACAGAGAUCUGGAGAUAUGUAGAUAUACUCGUACAAAACGUAUACGUCGAGUGCCUGGAUCGCACGUGCAUUUAAUUACGGUGUUUUUAAGUUGUUAACUUUAUUUCGCAAGUUCAUUUUCUACAAAAGUAUACAAUAAAUGUGUGAAUUUUAUCAUGCCGCAUCGAGAA